GUAGUAGGUGGACGUCGCACUGAUACUGGUCGCUUAGGAGCUUUCAUCACACGGGUCAAACCAGGAAGCGUGGCGGACACAAUAGGAAGACUUAGAGCUGGUACACAAUUCUUAAAGUCAGAUCCAGCAUUAGCAAAGCUAUUGUUCGUAGGAGACGAAGUCCUCGAAUGGAAUGGGCAGGCUCUCCAAAACGCAACAUUCGAUCAAGUAUACGAGAUCAUUUCGGCCAGCAAGCAAGAGUCGCAUGUAGAGAUUAUUGUCAGCAGAUCGGCGAGGUAG